AAGACCUUGGUAUACUCUACUUUUUUCCCAUGCCUGCUAACUUCACAGCCUGGCAAGCCUGAAUUAUUAAGAUGAUCAUGAACAUGAUUAUGAUUUCUUUAAGUUAAGGAGGCUUUUGGUUGUUGCUUUGUUGUUUCCUAAUUAAACUAGUACUGAGGAGCCUUAUUAGCCUGGGAUGGACUAAUUGGCCUCUUUCAAGAGAUUUGCUGGUGGAGAGGUGUCCGGGAAUCUUCUGUCUCCCAAUUGACCACUGCACUCCAGACUCCAGACCUUUGCUAGCUGCACUCCUUUCGAUUUCUCCGUCGAUUCUACGCGUAAAGGAAGAUCGACUAGUACUCAGGAUAUGCGUAUCUAGUACUGCUUAUCCCCAUCAGUUCAUCACUAGAGAAUUCUCUGCAGUUUGCAUAUUGAGUAUGUUUUGUCUUCUUAGUGGUCAUUGCCUAUGGAUGAUCGAAGUAUAAUUGGCAUGAAGCUGAACAGCGAAAGUUCUCAAUGAGCCUCAUAGCAGAUAAUCUCUACCCGACCUCUUUCUAUUUUAGGCAUGGGAACCAAAGUUGAAUACUCCACCAAUAUAUUAGGAGCUUCACAACGUAGCAACAGCUUAGCUGUUCAUAGAGUGGAUGACUGGGACUGUUUCCAGAAAAGUGGGCUGAAGCAGAAGUAUCAGAAUACUAGAUUUGAGGACAAUCUUCGCUACUCGAUGGACAGAAUGCUCGAUAAGCGCAACAUGGAUUCCAUCAGAAAGACAAUGCAGAUGCAUGAAGACACCUUUAGGCACCAGAUAGGUGAACUCCACCGGCUGUACAGUGUACAAAAGAUGCUAAUGGACGAACUUAAACAAGAGAUAAAACAAAAUCGAAUUUGGGGUCCCUUGACUAAUAGUGCAGAUCACAUCCACAUUCACCAGUCUCAGUUGUUUAGUCAGCAGCAUGCGACAGCUCAAACUUCUUCUGGCUAUAAUUUCCAUCUUCAUAGGUUGAGAGAUGAUCCAAACUCCAGAGAGCGAAGUGGAAGUUGCUCAGGAGAGUACACCAUGAAAAUUUCAAGGAGUUUUGAUCUCGGAAGGCCAGCUGCCGAGGAAGACAUCUCAACAGGAGUUAGUACUAUUGAUCAAGACCAGACAGCGCCAAGCUCUAACAUGGCAUUGAUCAAAAGUAAUAACAUGAGGAGCAUGGAUGUCUAUGACGAAGAUAGUGAGGAAGUGGAGCUUACAUUAAGCAUUGGGGGCAGCAAGAGCAAGAAAAGAUCGAAACCUUACCUGCGGCCUCAUUUAGGGUGUUCGGAGCUGGUGUUCAAUAAAGAAAAGGUACUGGGCUCACCUUCCUCGUUCAAAUCUGAUAGAGCAGAUUGCAGUGAUCCCACAACUCCCAUGAGCAGCUCCAGUGCCACAGUUGACCAGGAAAGAAAGCAGCCACAUUGGCUUUUCCAUGGUUUAAAGCUCAAAUAGGACUAAUACUUCAAAUCGCAUGCAUGCUUUGCAAAAUCUUUGAGUUGUUCAUCAUUGAAAUUCUAAUUAAGUUGUCAAUUUAAUAAAUGAACAAUUGACUCAGAUGCUGUUUUGAGGAAUUUAAUU